GACGAGCUCACCGAAAUGGCUGCGGCCAGUCAAAGAAACGUCAAGAGAAAUUUUCAGUCCCGGGGCCUUGCGGGACCGGCUGAAAAGCAGCCAUGGUGGCUCCAGCUGCUUGGGCAGGAAUUUGGGCCUUCAGCCGAAAGGUAUAGCGUGGCAACCCAGCUGUUAAUUGGAGGUGUCACUGGAUGGUGCACGGGUUUCAUGUUCCAGAAGGUUGAAAAGUUGGCUCCAACAGCUGUGGGCGGUGGGUUUAUUCUCCUUCAGCUUGCAAACCAUACCGGGUACAUCAAAGUCGACUGGCAGCAAAUGGAGGAGGACAUGAAAAAAGCCAAGGAGCAGCUGAAGAACUGUAAGAGCAACCAGAUACCUAAGGAGGUCAAAAACAAAGCAGAGGAGGUGAUGUCAUUUGUGAAGAAGAAUGUUAUAGUGAUUGGUGGAUUUUUGGGGGGCUUUAUGCUGGGAAUGUCAUCCUAA